ACGACUUCGUCCAACGAUUGUAACGACCGAUAUCGUGAACCCGUCUGCCCAAACAAUUAUCUGCUCACCUUGCUUCUUAUCGUGCCACUUUUUAGCUGAAUCUGCAUGUGUUGUUCGUCUUGGUCCACCACGUAGCACAGUAGCGGCCACUUAGUAUUCCGCCAUAUCCGUCGAAUUCCACCGUUCCACCUUUAAAAGCUAGAGCUACUGCAUCUGUACCUAGAUUCCUUUAUUGCUUGCUCCUUAGAAAACCUAACCCAAAUAACGCCAUUGAGCUUGUUGAAUUACAUACAGAACUUGAAGACCUAUAGCCAAUUUUGUAAAUUGUUUUGAGUAGAGCUGCUGUAUAGCGAUCUAUCUCAAUCUCUCUUUUCCUACUCAACUUCUUGACAGGACGAUCGCGCUCUUGAGCGGCGAUCACCACACAUAGUCAAGACGUUUUCCAACCUACUUAACUCCGUCCAUCAUCCGUACGCAGGAGCCCGCUGCUCUGCUUCUCCCGGGAGCGCAGCGGACUCGGCCUUUACCCAAUAAAGGCCUCGACCAAAACCAGCUACAAACCCAAAAGCAGUGCAACAUGGCACCGCACGCUGAGGUAGACGCGGGCGCCGCGUACGGAAACGGGCACUCCAAUGGCGACAAUUCGACCACUUCGCCGUCUAGCAAUAACGAUCUCUUCGUGGUUAGCUCGCCUAACGUGGUCUAUACCGACAAUGAGAUCCGGUCGAAGUAUACCUAUCGCACUACUAGUGUGACCCAGGAUGCUGCCGGCAAGUAUGUCGCCACGCCUAAAGAACUGGUGUAUGACUUCAAAGUCGAGCGUAAGGUUCCCAAGGUUGGCAUGAUGCUUGUGGGCUGGGGCGGAAACAAUGGGACGACUGUGACCGCCGGUAUCAUUGCCAACCGCCGCGGCCUCGUCUGGGAGACUCGCGAGGGCCCUCGUGCCGCUAACUACUACGGAUCCGUAAUCAUGGGGUCUACCAUGAAGCUCGGUACCGAUCCUAGAACCAUGAAGGAGGUCAACAUUCCAUUCCGCGACGUUCUCCCCAUGGUUCAUCCCAAUGACCUCGUUAUCGGCGGGUGGGAUAUUAGCAGCAUGAACCUAGCAGACGCCAUGGAUCGGGCCGCCGUGCUUGAACCUACCUUAAAGCAACAGGUCAAGAAGGAGAUGACCCAGAUGGUGCCGCUCCCAAGCAUCUAUUAUCCCGACUUCAUCGCGGCCAAUCAGGAGGACCGCGCUGACAAUGUCAUCCCGGGAAGCAAAGCUUCUACGGCUCACGUCGAGAAGAUCCGCCAGGAUAUCCGAAACUUCAAGCAGCAGAAUGGCCUUGAUAAGGUAAUCGUCCAAUGGACGGCCAACACCGAGCGAUACGCCGACAUCAUCCCCGGUGUCAACGACACGGCCGACAACCUCCUAAAAGCCAUCGAGGAAGGCCACGAGGAGGUUUCCCCGUCAACGGUCUUCGCCGUAGCCUGCAUCUUGGAGAAGACGCCGUUCAUUAACGGCUCACCGCAGAACACCUUCGUCCCGGGCGCCGUGGAGCUGGCCGAGAAGCACUCGGCCUUCAUCGGCGGCGACGACUUCAAGUCCGGGCAGACGAAGAUGAAGUCCGCGCUCGUCGACUUCCUGAUCAACGCGGGCAUCAAGCUGACCUCGAUCGCGAGCUACAACCACCUCGGCAACAACGACGGCAAGAACCUCAGCUCGCAGAAGCAGUUCCGGUCCAAGGAGAUCUCGAAGAGCAACGUGGUCGACGACAUGGUCGAGGCCAACUCCGUCCUGUACAAGCCCGGCGAGCACCCGGACCACACCGUCGUCAUCAAGUACAUGCCGGCGGUCGGCGACAACAAGCGCGCCCUCGACGAGUACUACGCCGAGAUCUUCCUCGGCGGCCACCAGACCAUCAGCCUGUUCAACGUGUGCGAGGACUCGCUGCUCGCGUCGCCGCUGAUCAUCGACCUCGUGCUUGUUACGGAGAUGAUGACCCGCGUCGCCUGGAAGCUGCACGACCAGCCCGAAGGCGCGUAUAAGGGCUUCCACAGCGUCCUCAGCAUCCUGAGCUACAUGCUCAAGGCGCCGCUGACACCCCCUGGCACGCCUGUCGUCAACGCGCUCGCGAAGCAGCGCGGCGCCCUUACUAACAUCUUCCGCGCUUGCGUCGGACUGGAGCCCGAGAGCGAUAUGACGCUUGAGCAUAAGCUGUUUUAGAUCGGUGGAUGCUCGUUGUCUGCUUUGCGGGCGAGUGGGGGGAACUUAGGAAAGAGAGUUGCCUGCUAGUUACCUGAGGACCUAGGUGGCGGAGGAAAAUCUUGGAAUGUUCUCAUUCUUGUCACUCACUGCUACCACUACACACUUGAAACUUUUGGAAAAUGCUCAACGCUCCUGAAUACGAGAUUUCAACAUCUCGAAGAAUAAAGACAAGAUAUUGCUGUUAUUAAAUCAUCAAA